AUGAGCUCUUCAAAGGGUGUCUUUGAACAGAUCCUGGGUUCUGGCUCACCGUUACCUUCUGUGGAUGCGGAGCAGAAGGAGAUCCCGCCAACGGAGCCUUUGACGUCAACCAAACUCCAUGGCUCCCAUUCACCAAUGAAACCUAGUCGAGCCGAGGCUGCUCCAGAUAAUCGUGCGGCCCCACGAUUUGGUCAUUCUAACCGCUCGUCGAGCCGUACACCCCGCCGAUUCAGUGGAAGUACGGCAGCAAGUUCUAUCAGUGAACUGGAGCCCAGUGGGCCCAAACUGUGGAGAAUUGGCGUAUGUGCUCUAGAUGUGAAAGCUCGCAGCAAGCCCAGCCAGAACAUUCUCACUCGGCUCCAAGCUAAAGGUGAGUUUGAGGUCAUUGUCUUUGGAGAUAAAGUGAUCCUGGAUGAAGAGGUGGAGAACUGGCCGGUAUGUGAUUUCCUGAUCGCCUUCUUUUCCGAUGGAUUCCCCCUGGAUAAAUCCAUUGCCUAUGCCAAACUUCGAAAGCCAAUCUGUGUCAACGACUUGCCGAUGCAAAAAGUCUUGUGGGACCGACGACUAUGCCUGAAAAUUUUGGACCAGAUGGGCGUUCCUACGCCUAAGAGAGUCGAAGUGAACCGCGAUGGUGGGCCAGUUCUAGAAUCAACGGAAAUGGCUCAGCACAUAUACCGGCUCACCGGAGUCAAGCUAGAAGGCCCCGAAGAUGGCAUGGGAGGCGGUGCUCCGAGAACCCAGCAGGUCUGCAUGUCGGAAGAUGGGGAGUCGCUGAUCGUGGAUGGCCAAGUCUUCCGGAAACCGUUUGUAGAGAAACCUGUGAACGGAGAAGAUCACAAUAUCCACAUCUACUUCCCCAACGAUCAACAAUAUGGCGGUGGCGGACGGAAACUUUUCCGAAAGGUCGGAAAUAAGAGCUCGGAAUAUGAUGCCAAUCUCUCCGUACCUCGCUCGGUCACAGAGACCGAGACAAGCUACCUAUACGAGCAAUUUCUUCGAGUGGACAACGCAGAGGAUGUGAAAGCGUAUACUGUUGGUCCAGAUUUCUGCCAUGCUGAGACACGCAAGUCACCUGUUGUUGACGGACUCGUCCGCCGAAACACCCACGGUAAAGAACUACGAUACAUCACCCAACUGAGCAAGGAAGAAGCUGCCAUUGCUUCAAAAAUAUCCAAUGGAUUUGGCCAGAGAAUCUGCGGCUUUGACAUGUUGCGUGUUGGGGACAAGAGCUAUGUAAUCGACGUGAAUGGCUGGAGUUUUGUCAAGGACAACAAUGAUUAUUACGACAAAUGUGCCCAGAUUCUCCGAGAUACUUUCUGGACCGAAAUGCGCAAGGUUGAGGGAUCAUUGGAGCUUUCGGAGCCACCUUCACCGGACCUGGGUCAAUCCAGAAAAAGUACGGCAGGCUCUCACCGACAGGCGUUGAAGACCUUGUUGAAGUCUCCCAGCUCGUCCCGACUCUAUGGUAAUCAACACAUCCCCAAAGCUCACGACGCACCCCCCUCGGAUGUAUCAACCAAUGCGCCUUCCGUGGCAUCCUCAUCCGGACUGGAGAGCACCGACCCCACCAUGAACCUGAGCAGUUUAAACUCGCGAGAAUGUCAAUCGGACUCUCGUGGCUACAGCCCUUCUAACACAAAGUCACCUGCUGUUUCCCUUCACCAAACUGGUGAAGGAGCCCUGCCGCCACUUCCGGCUUCAAAACACUCCUGGAAACUCAAGGGAAUGGUAGCUGUAAUUCGGCACGCCGAUCGCACGCCUAAGCAAAAAUUCAAGUUUACAUUCCACAGUCAACCUUUUGUGGACCUUUUGAAGGGACAUCAAGAGGAGGUGGUCAUCAAGGGGGAAUCAGCCCUCUCCAGUGUUUCCGAUGCGGUGAAGAUAGCUUUGGAACAAGGACUUGAGGAUGUUGAUAAAUUGAACCUUCUUCGUGUAUCCUUGGAGAAGAAGGGUGGCUGGCCCGGGACCAAAGUACAGAUCAAGCCUAUGUUCCGGAAGCGCAGACCCGAGGAGAUGCGAGAGCAAGUCUCACCUCUAGCUUCCCCAUCGCCUUCGGGAACAACGGUCCCUGAAGAACCUUCCUCGCCUAUCCCAAGUGAAGCUGGACAAGACAGUGAGGCCUUGCGCAGGUCGCAGACACGGAGUGACUCCAUCUCUGGUCCUACUUUUUCUCGGUUCUCUGCUGUCGAGAAUGAUUUGAUCUUAGAUAAACUCCAAUUGAUCAUCAAAUGGGGAGGGGAGCCUACACAUGCAGCACGUUAUCAGUCACAGGAUCUUGGUCUGAACAUGCGCGAUGAUCUAAAGCUGAUGAAUAAAGAGGCCCUCAGCAAUGUCCGUCUCUUCACCAGCUCCGAGCGCCGAGUGAGUACAAGUGCUCAAAUCUGGGCUUGCUCUUUUCUAGACCAAAAGGAAAUCCCAGUGGAUCUCAUUCAAGUUCGAAAGGAUCUGCUGGAUGACUCCAACGCCGCAAAAGAUGUUAUGGAUAAAGUCAAGAAGAAGCUCAAGCUCCUACUGAGAGAGGGAUCGGCCCCCUCACAGUUUGCAUGGCCCAAGGAUACCAACAUUCCAGAACCAUCUGUCGUUCUUUCCACGUUAGUGGAAUUGAUGAAGUUUCAUCGUAGUGUCAUGCGCCAUAAUUUCGCCAAAUUGGAGCCUUCAUUGCAAAACGCCGAAAAUCCCAACCAUCCGGAAUCGCAACCCGACCAACCCAAUCUUUCCAAUGUUCAAGGGCGGUGGUGCGCAGGAGAAGAUCCACGUCUCUUCAAAGAGCGAUGGGAAAAGCUCUUUGCUGAGUUCUGUGAUACCGAAAAGGUGGACCCCAGCAAAUUUUCUGAACUUUACGAUAGCAUGAAGUUCGAUGCCCUGCACAAUCGACAAUUUUUGGAGUGGGUCUUUAUGCCACCAGAUAGUGACCGCGAUGACGACGACAAAUGCAGUAUCAAAGGCAAGAGUUCGGCCAAGGCCGAGUCAGUUGUGGAAAGCAAGAAUGGAGCAGAUCCCGGGAAUGAGAAACCCGAAGAGCGCCCAGAGAACCAAACUCUCGCACAGCGCUUUGGCUUGAAGAAGCGACUCCAAGCCCUCGAAUCCCUGCCCCAUCUUCGGGCGCUGGAUGAUUCUUAUGAUCAUUAUUUCAAGCUUUACCCUGGCUCCAACUCCAGCAAGUGCAAGAUGGACGAGCGCCUUUCCAAACUUCGGGAGCUAUACAAACUAGCCAAGGUUCUUUUUGACUACGUUACUCCACAGGAAUAUGGUAUCACAGAUAGUGAGAAACUCGAGAUCGGUCUACUAACAUCCUUGCCGCUUCUCCGAGAAAUUGUUCGGGAUCUGGAAGAAGUGCAGGCCUCCCCCGAUGCAAAAUCCUUCUUCUACUUUACCAAAGAGUCCCAUAUCUACACGCUUUUGAACUGCAUCCUUGAGGGUGGUAUCCAGACCAAGAUUGCUCGCAGUACCAUUCCGGAGCUCGAUUAUCUCUCACAGAUCUGUUUUGAGCUCUAUGAAGCCCGGGACAGCGAGUCCGAUGUCAACUCUUACUCCAUCCGCAUCUCCAUCAGCCCCGGGUGCCACGCUUUCGAUCCUUUGGACGUGCAGCUCGACUCUCGGCACGCGAUUGGGUGUGCUCCACGUCGCAGCCUCACGGCGCAUCAGGAUUGGAAAGAAGUGAUUGAGACUCUCAAAGCGAAAUUCGAUACGGUGAAAUUGCCAAAGUCCUUUAUUGCUGUAAACUUGAGUGACAAACAUGUGUCAUCUCAGCCCGAAGAACCAGAUACCUCUUCCUAG